CCGAAAGGAGACCCACCCGCGAGCCCGAGUCACCUGAACCCGGAGCGCCCCGCGGCAGCCGCAGCCACCCCCGCGCUGCCCCAGGUGGCGCCGUCACGGUGAAGGGACCCGCGCAGUGCCUGAAGGCCAAAACAUCCCGGCCCCAGCAUCCGACCGCGUCCGGUCGCCAUGGAGACCCAAAGGUACCUUCCAGCUGCGCGACAGUGCAGAAGAGAAGCGCUGCCCCUCACGCGUGCGCAGAGCCGCGUCCAGGCUCGCGCGGACGUGGGCUGAGUGUCCCGGUGGACACCUCCGCUUUGGCUUCGGCAAUGACGUUCUGGACCCUUCCGGGUCCGGCUUCUUUCCCAUGCCCCGGUCAUUCUGACGCCAGUUCACCGUUCCGAGCUGAGGGCGGGUGGCCUGUGGUGGCCCGGUUCAUCUACGUGUGUUAGCUGUUUUUUUGAGCAGAAACGGAAACGCUGAAAUUGUCACGUUCUCAGAUUUAUGGCAAACCCUCGACAUGAACUUCUCAGUUGACAGUCCUCUAUAAACAGGCUAUGAGAACACGCAAUUUGCAACUAAUUCGUUUUUGCAAGUUCUGUUUAACCAGUGCAGCCAUUGAAGAACCGGGACUGCCAUUAACAUCCCCGCCUCAUCCUGCCGUAAGGACACUCAGCGCACGCGCAGAGGCCGGCGCGGAGGCGCCUGGGAUUACAGACUGAGCUUGCGGCUUUCUGGAUGCUUGGCAUUGUGGGACAUGUAGUCAUCCUGCCUUCCUUUUUCUGUGGUUACACAGUAAAAAGUGAAGUCCUUAAACUGCGAUUCCCAGGAUGUGUGGGGUUUCCCAGGCUGCUUUGCGAAAGCAUGGCGGGCAAGAUGUGAAUGUCAAUAGUAAGGUAAAUUUUAAAUUUUAAAGGGCAUUUUAAUUCAAGACGAAAAAAGGACAGCAAGGUAUGCGUAACCUCUCUUGGAGAUUUUUCAUCUUGAUAUCCACCUAACACACUGUGUAAUGUAAAUGAGUUGAUUUCAUGUUUUGUCCGCUUGAGUGUGUGGAUUACUAAGCUUUAGAAGUUGCAGUCCCGAAGCUUCAUAGUUUCUGUGAACAUGAUUUGUGUUUUUCUACGAGUUGUGCAGCAUAUGGAGAAGCUGCCCAGGUCCUGGGGCAGGCAAUUGUUGCCACACUCUAUGCUCACCAAAGCUUCCUUGAAGACUCAGCCUUUGAGAUGGGGGCUGCUAGAGCAGAAGAAAACAGUGCAUCCUAGAACUGUUUUGGGAUUCACCCAGAAAACCUUCUGGACACAAGGACCGGACUCCCAGAAAGCAAAGGAGGACAGCAGCAAGCAAGUCUCUGUUACCAGAAAUCAGAGAGGGGAAACUAGCCUCUCGACGUCUCAGAAAGUGAAAGAAGCUGGAAGAGACUUCACCUACUUGAUAGUGGUGCUCUUUGGAGUCAGCAUUACAGGUGGCUUGUUAUACACGAUUUUCAAAGAGCUGUUCUCUUCAUCCAGUCCUAAUAUCAUAUAUGGGAAAGCCUUAGAAAAAUGCAGAACACAUCCCGAGGUGAUCAGUGUGUUUGGGGAGCCUGUUAAAGGCUACGGGGAAAUGUCGAGGCGUGGGCGGAGACAGCAUGUCAGUUUUAUUGAAUAUGCAAAAAAUGGGCUAAAGCGCAUCCGUGUGAAAUUCUACAUUGAGGGCUCUGAACCAGGGAAGCAAGGAACAGUGCAUGCUGAAGUGGAAGAGAACCCACAGAGCGGCCGGUUUGAAUUUCGGUACAUAUUUGUGGAAGUGGCUCCUACUAGAUCUGUUGUUGUUGAAGACAAUCGUUCCCAAGAGAGUUAAGAGAGUCAGGCCAGCCUGCCGCUUCCUGCAGGGAAAAGGGGUUCAUGGCACUGUGAUCUUCACAACUCGUUCAGAAUCGGUUCAGAAAAACAAGAAUAAAAAGUGUGUCACACAGUGAGUGUAAUGUGAGAGAUCAUGAGUUUGGACAAACCAAACUGAGUUCUUCUUGUGAAAAUCAUGAAAUGUAGCGAAUUUUACAGUAUCAUGUGGAGUUGUCAAUCAUGAUAGCUCUAUGUUCAUGAUAAAUUUUUGUUGCUGAAAUUUUAUUACCACAUAAAUAAAAGUUUCAGUAUUUUAUGCUUUUUAA